AUGUCUUUGAUUAUCGUUACAGUGCCAAAUCUUAUAGAUAGUGGGGUACAGCAAAUAUGUACUAAACUUCAUUUUGCAAAGUAUCGUCACGUUUCACAAAAGAGAAAGAAAUGCCUUUUCCCAUCUCAUCGUCGCAUUCUCUUUUUGCACAAAACAAACCUCAAUUGGAGCAAGAAAGAGAGCUACCUAAUGCUAAUAUAAGGGAAAAACUGCUAAACUCGGAUACAUAAGACUUCAUGUUCAUUU